CCUGUCGUUUCAAAAUGUAUAACCGCGACGUUCAAAACGACCACUCUGUGUCUACGUUCACGCACCAUGUGACAAGAUUAACUGCAGCCCGUUCUGAAAUCGAAUGUCCCCAGGUUCUAAUUGAUGUUGCUGAACAAGAAGGGGAAAACAUUGUAUCACGGAAGGUCACAAGUUCUAAAUGUCAUCAUCAUGUUGGACGGUUUGGCCCAUCUGAACCAUGAAAAUCGUCUGCAUACUUCCAGUGAAGAGGUUCCUUUUUACUUGCUCACUUCAGAAAGGAAUACAAAAAUGUCGUCUCCAAGUCCGGGCAAGAGGCGAAUGGACACCGACGUGGUGAAACUCAUUGAAAGCAAGCACGAGGUGACAAUCCUCAGCGGUCUGAAUGAGUUUGUGGUCAAGUUCCACGGACCUCCAGGAACACCGUACGAGGGAGGUGUCUGGAAGGUUCGCGUGGAUCUACCCGAUAAAUACCCCUUCAAGUCCCCUUCAAUAGGAUUUAUGAAUAAAAUCUUUCAUCCUAACAUUGAUGAAGCGUCAGGAACAGUGUGUUUAGAUGUCAUUAACCAAACAUGGACAGCGCUCUAUGAUCUCACCAACAUCUUUGAGUCGUUCCUGCCUCAGCUGCUCGCCUACCCCAACCCCAUUGAUCCUCUCAACGGGGACGCGGCCGCCAUGUACCUUCACCGACCAGAGGAUUAUAAACAUAAAAUUAAAGAGUACAUCCAGAAGUACGCCACAGAAGAGGCCCUAAAGGAGCAGGAGGAAGGAGGCGGCGACUCCUCUUCUGAGAGCUCCAUGUCAGACUUUUCCGAGGACGAGGCUCAGGACAUGGAGUUGUAGUGAAGGGAGAAACCUCAUCCCUUCACCUGGCAACAGACAGUCGUUUGCUGAUGAGCAGAAACUUAGUGCUAUAUUCAUAUUUAAACGAGACAAUUUUUUUACAGCAACACACGGAUUUUUAUCGCGACAUGAGGAUUUGCAGUACAAUAUUGCUCAAAUAUUAACCUUUAUCUAGGAUUUCAAGACCACCUGCCUACAUCCGGCACCGAAACUGCAGUAAGACAAAAAAAAAAAACAACAAAAAAAAGGCUGAACUUGAGCCAAGUCCACUUCUGCCAUGUGGCUUUUCUCUCCACCGUUGACCAGGAUCCUUCACUCAUGGAGGGAGGCAGCGAGCCGAUGUGGACUCAAACAAAAGUGAGGAUUCUGAAAGUGACCUGAUCAUUUCAGCGCUGCCCGGAGGCGCCGCCGUCGCUGGAGGCGGCAGACUCAGCUGCAGCAGUCGAUCCUGGUGUAGAUACUGUGUGUGCAGACUGACCCACAGACACACAGCGUAUGAAGAUUCGACACAACAGGCCGCAGCAUGUGUGUGUGAGUGUGUGUGUGUGUGCAGGAAUCUCGGUGUGUUUUCAUUCACGCGUGCGCCUGCAUGAAUGUAAUCCAGUCAAGAGGUAACCUGUGUUGUUCUGAGCUCACAAUCAUGAUCAUCCACACCUAGUUCCUCCUCCUCUCCGUUUUAGGAAAGUGUUUGUCAUUCUCUGAAUAUCUUUGUAUAUUGUGGCAUGACACAGACGUCCAGUUGUGUUGAGUUUGUGGAGUUUUAGACGUGGGGGGAGGGGGGGCCGGGCUGUCCGCGGGCCCUCUCUGACCUGGAGUGCGGGAUGUUUAACCCAGGUCCGUGUUGAAUUAUUGAACUUGUUAACUUUGCCUAUUGCUUGUGUUGAACUAUACUAGGUGUUUGACUUGUGUAGGGGUAGGUCGUUCCUUUGCAGGUGUUGAACCAUGACCUUUGGUUUGAUACGCACUAGUUUCAAAACUAAUCGUCCUGUAAAGAUGAGAACUGAUGCAUCUUCGCUCGUAGGAUGAGUCGUCGUCAGUCCAAUCCUCCAAAGACAUGUUGCACCCCCUCCUUUUUUUAUGCAAUCGUGUCCACGUUUAUCAUCGUAACACGUGUUACUUUGUCGAUCAAAAGUGCUCUUUGUCUCGGCCAUUCAACGUUACAACAGCCUGUUUUUGUUUCCAUGCUGUUGAUGGCUUGUUGCUUUACAAUUUGGUGGGACCAAAUUGAGUCAAAAAAAAAAAACAAACAAACCUACACAAACAAUAUCCACUUCAUCUCCAAGAUUGAUAGUUUACAUUGAAUGUGGAGGAAAGACAAAUGUGAGUGUUAAGGUGUGGUUACAGUUUUCCUCCUGAAUUACCUCACACAGACACCAGAUGCAGCAAGGAGGCGUUACCAUAGCAGUGAUGAGUCAUGAUGGUAUAUUAGUUUGUGUUUAAGCUUGAACAUAGUAUGUUUGUAUCACACCAGUUUGCAUUAGGAGGCUUUUUUUUAUUUUUCAAGGAAACAAAACAUUAGCGCCAAGCAGGCUUUUCUUUGGUGAAACACUGACAGCUGUGUUUAAAUAUAUGUUGGCAUCACAUCCAGAAAGAUUUUAAGUGUGGCUGAAAGUUUGUGGGAGGAAAUUGUUUAGAGUUUGACAUAAAAAAGUAACAUCUUCCUGAUGGUUCAAAUGACAAAUUGCUGUCCUGAUAUUCAAGUCUGCUUAGUUCGUAGCAACACAUGAUGUCAUUUUCCAAAAAAGAAGAGGAAACCCUGUCUAACCUUAUUUGCAUCACCUGGAUCUAUCGGUGUUUAACAUUUUAUUAAUCACGUGAUUUGAUGCCUAUCAUUUGUUUUUAUUUCUGUCUUUUAAACCCGAAGUCCAGGAUACCGGUGGAGAUGACCCUGAUUUUUUUUAAGGCAAAAAAUAAAUGUGCUUCCCUUGUAACUUGAAGAAAUAAAU